AUGGCGAGAUACGAGUGGCAGCGACUUACAAAACCGCAACAACCUGAGAAACCUGAAAUUCCUUUCACCGACCACGUUCAACCAACCAUAGCCGAACCUCGACCCCUCCCGACUCAGGCCGAACCGGUCACCGCUGCCGUCGAGACUGCCCCCGUUCUCCUUGACGAGGGCACUCAAACUGGGCCCAUCGCUACAAUCAGCGAGGACCAGCUCCAGAAACGCGUUGAUGAAUUGAUCGAAAAGCGUUUCAUGGCGCUCGUUGAAGAGCAUGGAAUAUUGCUGAGGGAGGAUGAAUAUGUGGUGCGCAGGGAAAAGGGAGAUGAAAUGGAAUAA